CUUGCGCGUGGCGGUGGAAGUGUAAUGUCAGUUUUCGUCGGCUUGUCAAAUAUUGAAGUGAGGGUGUGUUCGCCAUUUACCUGGAGUAACAUUAAUUUCUUAUUGAAAGUACUUUACUAAACAAGAGGACAUAGAUACAGCGGUAAAUUAUUAUUUAUUGUGUUAACGCUGGCUACUAGUCUGGAGAAAGCAGAGUCCGGAUUAAAGGAUGCUAAGAAGGCUCUGAGUUGGGGCUCCAAGAUGAGUGUGACGUCAUGGUUCCUGGUCAGCAGCUCAGGCACAAGACACCGGUUGCCACCGGAGAUGAUCUUUGUGGGCCGGGAGGAGUGCGAGCUCAUGCUGCAGUCGCGCAGUGUGGACAAGCAACAUGCUGUCGUCAACUACGACCCAGCCACAGACGAGCACAUGGUGAAGGACCUGGGCAGCCUGAACGGGACUUUUGUGAAUGAUCUGAGAAUCCCAGACCAGACUUACAUCACCCUGAAGCCCUCUGAUGUCAUCCGCUUUGGAUAUGAUUCUCAUAUGUACGUCCUGGAGAGGAGUCAACACAAGGUGCCAGAGGAGGCUCUCAAACAUGAGAAGUACACCAGCCAGCUGCAGAUGAGUAUGAAGGCCCUGGAGGCCAGAAAGAGGGAGAAGGAGAGGCAGCAUGCUGAGGAGAGAACCAGAGACUCAUCCCGCUCCAAACAGGAGAAAGCUGAGCAUAAAGCUGCCCUCGCAGCAGUGGCCAGUGAGGCUCCAGUGUCCAGGCCCACUCCUCUGUAUGGACAGCCGUCGUGGUGGGGGGAGGAUGAUGCUGAACACAGUGAAGGACAGCGGCCAGACGAGGACCCUGCAGAGAAUACUAAAGAGAGCUACAGACAGGAGGUCAACGGCUCCCUGUCAGACAGCCAGGCCAAGUCCAUCUACUCAUACCACAGGGAGCCCAGCUACUUUGAGAUCCCCACUAAGGAGUUCCAGCAGCGGGAGCUCCGUGAGGUUCCCACUAAGGACACUGAUCCCCCUGCUGUCCCUGUCCCUGUUCUCCCCCCAGCCCCCAACUCCACCCCCACACCCCCUGUGGUGCAGAGCCACGCCUCCUUCACCAUCGAGUUUGACGAAUGCACGCCGGGCAAAGUCAAGAUCAAGGACCAUGUGACCAAGUUCUCCUUCCGCCAGCAACGCAAGCUCCCGGGUAAGGAGGCGGUCACCACACCCACUGAGGUGAUGUCAGCUGAGAGCAAGGUGGCUGAUUGGCUGGUCCAAAGCGACGUGAGCAUGAUCCGGAGGUGGUCUCGGACAGAGGACAUGUUCAGCACCAACAGUGACCUGCCCAUCUACAACAAGGCUUCCACAGGCCAUCACCAUGAGGAUGGGACUCGGGGCAACUCUGAGGAUCCUGUUGUGAACGGGAAGCAGGUUAUCCAGUCAAAGCCACCGAUGGGGCCUCACACGUCUCUACCAACCCAGCUGUCCCCCCCUCGACCCUUCACCCCCCCUGACUCAGAGGAGCUUCUGUCCAGCUCCGCUCCAGAGUCUCACUCCCCUCCUCAGAGCCAGGGCAAAGCAGACCCCAAGAAAGUCUUCGUCAUCGAGUUCUUUGAUGACAAUCCACGCAAGAAGCGUUCACAGACCUUCACCAACAACACAGUCCAGCCCGACAGCCCGGCACUCAGGAACAAGCUGGAGAGGAAGUUGGGCCCCAGCACCCCCACCCAACAGUAUACCAUCCCCCUGAAGGGCCCGGGCUCUGGAGGCCCCCAGAGGGCCGGCUCCCUGAGGCGGGAGAAGACGGAAGAUCGGAUCAAUACUAGCUUCUCCUCCCCCUCCUCCUCCAUACAGCCCAGGCCCUUUAGAAGUGUGGGCCGCAGGUCCAAACUUUCCCAGGACUUCACUGCUGAGUUCCUGAGGGAGUCCAGACAGGAGACUAGACCAAGCAUGAACACAACCUGGGAGAGGAAGACUUCACCUGUGUCUCCUACCACCAGCCCACCACCAACAGAAAUGGCAGCAGUGCCCCACUCCCACCAGACCCCACCAAGUCCCCCUCAGCCCCCUGUCCCAUACCUGACUCAGACCUCCACCGUCAACCAGCCUGUGCCCCUGAAAGCCCCUCUAAUGUCCCUGGCCAACCACACCAUGGAGGCCACACGGAGCCUGGAGGCCGCACGGAGCCUGGAGGCCGCACGGAGCCUGGAGGCCGCACGGAGCCUGGAGGCCGCACAGAGCCUGGAGGCCACAUUUACCAUGGAGGUCGGAAGCCCCAGAAGCUUGGGGAACGAGGAGGAUGAUGCCUUGAGUGAAGCAGGCACCUACACCAUUGAGACAGAGGUCCAGGAUGAAGAGCUGGUGGAGGCACGCAGCAAGAUAAACCAGUUGUCUGGUGGCUCUAAGUGGGUGUCUCGCUGGGCCAGCCUGGCAGACAGCUACACAGACUCUGGCCCCACCUCAGGCCUCUUCGACAUCCCCUCACAGAUUGAGCUGUCAGGAGGAGUUGGUGGGAGGACCGGCUAUCAGGCGAUGCUCAGUCGGAAUGUCAAAAGUGUGGAAUCGAAAGGCCAGAGUUCCAGAACACGGCGGAUUCUGCCUCAGGCACCAUUGAUGGAGAAGAAUGAGACUCCAACUCCCAGCAUUCUAAUCCAUCAGGACACUUACUCUACCUAUGAUAUCAGAGAGAAGAGCUCCAGAACCCCCUGCCCACAGGAGGGCCACAACCUGUAUGUACAGGACGACCUGGACCCAGACAGCCUGAGUGAUGCCAGUAAGUCAGACGACGGCUCCAUUGUGGAGCAGAGGACGACGCCCACACCAGAGACAACAGACAAUAGUUUAUCUCAGAACAGAGAAGAGGAGAGGCCCAGACUCCCAGCCAAGUCUACAUCAUUCUACAUUGACUCUGAGGAGCGGGGAUCCAGACCCAAUACGCCCAAGACUGAGAGAAAACAACCACCUCCUCCCAAUACACCACAGUUCUCUACAGCCACCCUGACCAAACAACGGGGUGGACAGGACUCACAGAAGACUGUGAAGCCCAACUCAUCAGCUUCCAACCUGGACUACCAGGGCAGAGUCAGCCCUCAGCCCAAGGAGAUCUCAGUGUCUCUGGUCAGGCAGGAGAGCUUCACUAAGGACCAGCCAAGUGAUGCUACACAGGUCACCAAACUCCCCCACAUCUCCAGCCAGCCUGCUCUGAAUGACCCAGACCCUGCUGAGGUGUUCCAGGGUAUCUGCAGCCAGGACACCCACUCCUACCUCAAGGAGACUGAGGACGCUCUGGCUGCCCUGGAGGCCAAGCUCCAGGCCCAGACUGACGUAGCUCCCCGCCCCAUAGAUGACGCUCUGUCUGGUGAGUCUGACAUGGACUCAGCCAGCACCGCCAGCCAGCACAGCAACCAAACUGCCCCCAAGACCGGAUCCAAGAAGCCCUCUAUCACCUGUGGCCUUCAGAGGGAGAGGUCCUCUGCCAGCUCCUUCACCCAGGAGUCCAUCCGCCAGCCAUCAGCCCAUGGUCGCCUGUCAGAGAAGCGGUGGUCUCAGGGAGCGGACAGCAGCAGUAAGCCUGAACCAGGCAGGAGGCUGGGGAUGAGACGCAGUGUGGGAAAACAUGGCUCCAUGGACCUUAGUGAUGACCCCCAGAGCUCCAGCUUACCCUACUGGCCUGACACCAUCUCCUCAGACCAGGAGGGCUCCCGGCCCACUGCACGCAAGAAGUACACCGCCCCCCUGCAAAAGGAGGAUUCUUCUAAGUCCUCCAAAGUGGCCCAGGCCCUGAGCCGCUCCAACAGCAUGUAUGCCCCAAGGCCUACUAGAGCCUCCAUGCUUCGCCGGGCUCGCCUGGGCGAGGCGUCCGACAACGAAGGCACAGAGACGGACAGGAUCUCCCAGGAGGCCAGCAGGACCACCAAGGCCUCCCAGGACAGUAAGAAGCAGCUCUCCAGGCUGGACAUGCUGGCUCUGCCCCGGAAGAGGACCAGCUCCUUCACCACUCCCAGUGAUACAGAGUCCUCCGCACCCAGGACAGGCUUCUCCAACCGCAGCACAGAGUCCAACAGCGGCUCUGGCCGUAAGGCCUCCGUCGCCGGGCCCAGCUCUAAGCCUGCGCUAGGCAGGGCCUCUGGAGCUCCCGGCAAGCCCAUCACCCGCUCCAGCAGUGCCAAAUACACCAGCAGCACAGCCAGCUCCAGACGACGACAGAAAGGCUCUGACUACACCUCCACCUCGGAGGAGGAGUAUGACUCUGGUAACCAGAGUACCCCUAAACACAAACGCUCCCAGACCCCCUCAGCCUCCCGCUCCCAGCCCCUCAUCCCCCCGCGCCCCAAACCUCACUUAAGAGACUCGGACCAGGAGAGUCACGAGGGAGACGCCUACCAGAACUGGUCCUCCCACAGUGCUGAGAUAGCAAAACUGAGUCAGGACCUGGCUAAAGAUCUGGCCAUCUUGGCCAGGGAGAUCCAUGACGUGGCUGGUGAUGCUGAUCCUCAGAGCUCUUCUGGAGUGGCCAACACACCUGCUUCUACCAUGACCGCCCGGGACGAGUUGGUCCAUCCUAUUCCUAAAGCUGGUGUGAACUACCAGAGAGCUCCCCCUGGUUCACCUGCUACCGGUGACCCCGACCAGACAAUGAUGAAUGACCAGGAACACAACUCUGAGCACAGAGGAUGGAACCAGGAAGAGGUUGUUGUUGAUGAUCUUAUGUUGACUCCAGUGUCCCAGAUCUCUCUGGCUAUUCGAGAAAACACGGAGCAACUAGCUGAGAAAAUAAAGGUACUAUUCCACAACAAACAGGAAGUUUGGGAGGAAAUUGAAGCAAAGAUCAAUGCUGAAAACGACAUCCCUGUCCUGAAAGGCUCAAACAAGGAAAUCACAUCUAUUCUCAAAGAGCUCAGAAGAGUUCAGAGACAACUUGAAGUCAUCAACACAAUAAUUGAACCCAGUGGGAACCUCGAGCCAGCCAAAACCUCCACUACUAGUGCCCCCUCCUCAGCCGGGGUAAGGCCAUCCAGGGCCCCUUCGAGAGACUGGAGAUCCUUAGGAUCCCAGCGGGGUGGUGGUGCGGACUCCUCUUCCAGCUCCAGGCCCAGUGAGAAUGUCAGGAGAUCAGCCAUGGCCUCUGAGGCAGAGAGCUAUGUGGUCUGAGGUUCUGGAACACAGUGCCUCUUCACUGCUGCGCCACAAUCCCAGGUGUUGAGAGAGUGGAUUUGAGAGGGGGAAAUGGGCACUGCUAGAGAACUGUGGCCCCACCGCACGAAGACACUACUGCACUGUGUGUGCAUUACUAGAGAACUGAAAUGCGUAUUGAACUGCCAUGGUGUGAGAAGGGGAUUGUACAUGACACACUAAAGCCAUGCAUUGGUUAGUUCAGCUGAGGGAAAACCCCUUUAAGACAAGGCCAUUAUUGUGCCAUAUACCUCAGUUGAUCUCACUUUCACAAAAGCAUACUUGAUUACUUGCAUUUUAUUGACCUGUUUCUGUGAUUUAAUUAAUUGGGAAAAUGUUGCUGCAAUGAACUUAGAGCACAGUAUAUUUAAAAUCAGCUUGAGUAUGUUUUAUUUAAGGAAGUAUCUCUUACUAAUGUAAUUAAAUACGAUGAAAAUCAAAGUAUAUUUUGACAUUGAUUGAUGAAAUGUAUGAAUAAGUAGAGAAAAUAUAUAUUUGUAAAGGAGUUCUCCAGGAUCCCUUGAUAAACCAGUGACUGGGUUUAUCCAAGACUUCCCCACUGUAUUUUCUCUCAUUCUAUUGACCACUUUUUCUCUCUAUGGACCAGACUUGAAGAAUGUAUAUCAAGUAUUUAAUUGUAAUGAUUUAUAUAGUAUUAAAGAGUUUAUAAGUUGGCACUUGGACACUUGCUUUUGAGCUAAGAAAAUAAUGUUAUUUGUCUGGUCUCUUAAAAGAGACCGAGGUGAAAUGUAAGAAUGGCUCUAGGAGUCACUUUCACAAGGUAUCUCACGUUGCCAGUAGUAACAUGAUCAGAUGUGUUUUGUGCCUUUUUAUUCUUUAGUCAAAGGUAGGAAUUAGGCCUGCCUUCUCAUGUCUGACACUAGAUAUUUCCUUGUUCUCAGAACUGAACUUCUGUGUGAAAAGUACUGUAUGUGUGGAAAGUACUGUAUGAUUGGGUGGGCAGGGCAGGGCGGCUAAGUGCUGCGGUAGAACAUCUAGGUUGAAUCACCUGGCAACAGCCAACUGUCUGGAGUGAGUAGCUGCAUAGCUCAGCCCAGAGAUUUUAAGCUUUAAAACAGAAUAAAACACAGGACUCAUUCAGGACUUAUACCAGCUGGCGCCAUUUGGAAUGUGUUUGUUAGUAUUGCAGAUAGGUUUAAUUGUCAACCUGUCAGUUGAUUGCACAGCUGUCAAUACUGUGGUCAGCAAUUUCGCAGUGCUAUCUUUCUGUUCCCUUCUUGAUUCCCCUUUCUCGGUUUAAAUCGUGAUCCGUGGCUUCAAUUUUGCUAAAGUAUGUGUGUGUCCUUUCAAACGAUAUAAACUAGUGACCCGCAGUGUUUGUCAUCACCCUGAUGAAGACCACUUGGCUGUCCAACCGUUGGUUAUAAAAUGAUUGCAUCGGAGCUCCUAGAGUGUGUUGCUCUCCUUUUCUUUUUAUAGUAAAAGUUAACACUUUACUGACUCAAAUGCCCUCUGAUAGUUUCAGCUUCGCUUUCUGGAGAUAUUUCCUCCUGUUUUAUUGCUGUACACUCCUUCGUUCCAUCAAUAAGCACGCCACACUACAUUAACUCCUGUGCUGUUGAUGCCAGUUUAUUAGGCCUAUUAAGUGCAGUGUCAAAAGCAAGAUGCACAUGCUGUUUGUUUUGUUAUGAUUUAAUCAUAGUUGUGAGUGACAAUGAGCAGAAAUUGUGUGCAAUUAUAAAUGAAAAAACAUUUAUUGUUAUAUAUGUACACAUCUAAGAGUUUUCUCUAGAGAUGACCUCCAUCUAGUAUUUUGCACUAUUGUAGUACCAUCAGGACCCUUCAACCUUAUAUGCUGAGAAGCUACACUUUAACCCCCCUUUUUAGUAACGGGGUUGCGUUCAUUCUUUUAAAGAUUGUAUAAAUUCUAUCCAGUCCAGAAUGAGAGGAGGCUGAAAAUGCUAUGAAAUGAAGGGACUGCAGUCCACCACAAGUGCUUUCCUCUUUUCUAACCAGUUUGUGUAGCUGUACAUGAAGUAGUAACCGCAAUUUCCCUCAGUGCCACAAAGCCUUUUGGGAUAUAUGGUUUCAUACCACAAAGUACAGUACUUGUUUACACCCGUGAGCUCAGUUAAAUCUGUCUCUGAGCUUUUGAUUGCUAUGGCUCGAAUUGCUUCUGCUAUUCUGCUUUGUGCUAUCCCUUGUAGUUCUUAAUCAAAAGCUCCAGUCAAAUGAGAAAUAUCUUGGUGUAAGUCAUGAGUCCCAUUUUGUUAACCCUGUUCAUAUCAAUUCAAAGUCAUCAUCAUGGUUUGGUUGUUUGGCUCUUGCACCCUAAACAGAAAAGUUCCACUUCCUUCAGCAUUUUAUAUUGAUGUUUUCCAGAAUUAAUCUAUUGGAAAAGUUCAAUCAUUUUGUGCAUAAUUUAGAAAAUGGGAUUCAAUUUUUUGUAAUAAACUGAUUUGUAAUCAAUUA